AUACUUUCUGAAGGCAGUGUACCAGUAUGAAAAGGCCUACCAGCAUAAUAAUUCACAUGUCAAGUAUUACUCCACUGGAAGAAUGGUGCAUUUGUCUGAUCCCAAACAAAAUAAACAUCAUUUAUUUGUUCUGUUUGUAUUGUUAUUUGUUUGUGUCUUUGCCAGUGUGUUUCUAUAGGACAAAGUCAUGGCAGGCCAAACAGUGUCCAUGAAGGGGCCGGUGUGUCUCAUCGAGAACGAAAGUGACGGGAAACUGUGUGUGGUCCGCAGCGCACUGGAAACCCUGUUGCAGAUUGAAGAGCAUGUGGUAGUGGUGGCAGUGGUCGGCCUGUACCGCACCGGAAAGUCCUACCUCAUGAACAAGCUGGCUGGGACCAACAAAGGUGGCAACAUGAUAAUAAUAAUAUAUAUUAUUUUUCGCUGUUAGUAGGCCUGAUUAAUAAUUAUAUAUGCCUCAGAAAGUAGAUGCUCUGCUUGUGACUUACGCACAGGAAUGUGAAUCUCUACAGCUGCUCUACAGUUGGAAUUGGUGGCUCGACAUGCUUUCUAAAAUCGACAUUGAUUUUGUUUUUCUGACAACAAUGUCAAAUCCGACACCAUAUUAAGGCUGUGAGAAUUUUAGGGGUAUUAGAUACAACACAUACAUUAGCUACUGAUAUUCUCUAGGUUUUCCAUGCGUUACAUGACUUUGAGAUUUCCGCAGCAAACAUAAUACUUGCACACAAAAAAAUGAUCUUCCAGACUACCUGUAUUCAGCCACAUAAACUGCCUAAACCAACGGCCUCAGAUUUUUCCUGUUCUAAUCUUGUGUGCUAGAUAGCUACAGUGUACUGUGUAUGCAAACGGUAGUCAAACCAGACGGUUUGUCUGAGUUUGCAGUAUUAGCAGACACACACACCUGGCUUUGCAAGAUUAGUCCUGCUGUGACCACAUUGUACUUCAUGCAUUCUUUCUUUCACUAAAUGAUUGAACCAAUGCACCCUGUUAUUCCAUGUGGAUGCUACAGUUUCUCUUUCUCUCAUAUUAUACAACCAGAAAUAUUUUUAUAGUUAAACUGUGACACUCGGUUAUCGCACACUUUCACUUCCAGUCUUUUAAGCUAAUAUACAACCAGACAGCAAAGCAAAUUACAACUGAAGUUGAUUAAAGGAGAAAAUAAGUUUAUUAAAGUUUUAAAAGUUCAUUUUAAAACCCUUAUUUAUUUAACCUUUAUCAUGGAGUCAUACUAAGACCAAGGACUCUUUUACAGAUGGCCUCUAAAUCACUGAAAAUACCACAAAUAAGGUGCAAGUAGAGACCAAAGGAAUUUCUAGAGUUAGCCAUCCCUUUU